GACAGACAACACCGCCUCCUCCUCUCACAUUCUACCGCGCCCGAUAAUCACCAACAAAAAGCCUAUUCACCCUCGCAACUCUCUACUUCCCUCACAUACACCCACCCUCACCACUUAAACACCAUACACUACAACACAAUGAAGCUCGUACUAAAUACUCCGUUCUCGGAUGCGUUCACCAAGCACAUCCAGAUGCAGAUCGCCGAGGUCGGUUGGGCGAACGGUGACGAGAAGUCGCCCCUUGGAGAGUACAUUUGCCUUAUGAUCGCCAACGGAAAAGACGAGGAGCAGAUCGCGGCGGAGUUGUCGACCGACUUGGUUUCUCCGGUACCCGGCGGCGCGACACCGGCUUCAUUCGCGCAGUGGGUCUUUGCCGAACUGGACAGGCUGCUGAAGAGAGAGGAGGAAGAGGGUCAAGGUGCCAAGGCGGAUGACAGCGCAACAUACGGAAACGAAGAUGCUGAUAUGAUGGAUAUGGGAGAGCCGACUGAGGAGGGAGUACCUACAGCGCCGAAGGCGAUGCGACAACCCAAUCCCCGGCGGAUGAUGAGCCAGAUCAACAAGUCGAUGGAGAGGAAAAUAGACGACCCUCUGCACCGGGUGCGGCCGAACCAAGAGAAGUUCAAGAAUCAGCAGCCUCCAAAGGGCCCCGGCGGUAUACGUCAGAACGGCUUCCGCCACAACAAUAAUAACGGUCCAAUGCACAAUGGCGGACAUAUGAACCACAGGGGAGGAAUGCACCAGAACCGUAUGAACGGUGGCCGUCCAUUCAAUGGUCCGAAUCCCAGCAUGCUUGCGAAUCUCACCCCUCAGCAGCAGAUGGCGUUCUACCAGAUGUACCAGCAGCAAUCGCAGAUCAUUGCUCCCUUCGCGAACGGUCCCGGCCCCGUCAAUGCCCCUCCAUUCCCUCAAGGCCAGAUGGGUGGACCGCAACACCGCAAUAACCACAACCAUAACCACACCCACAACCGUAACAUGCCGCCCAUGCGAGUGAACGAAGAUGCGUAUUCCAACAAUUUUUCACAGCCGCACCGCGUUGGUGGAGGACCUGGUGGUGGUGGCGGCGGUGGUCCGAAUAGUGGUGGCAGCCUUUUCGAGAGGAUUCAGUCGCCACCUGAUCUCAGCACCGAGGGCGAGAUGGAGAUGCACGACGGUCCGGAGGAGGGUGGCAAGGCCGAAAAGUUAGAGGAAGUGCCUUGCAAGUUCGGAACGGGAUGCACCAAGGUGGAGUGUGCGUUCGGACAUCCGACUCCCGCACAGCUCGGCGGCAAACUCACCCACUACGUCAGUGGCGAGAAGUGUCCAUUUGGAAUCGCGUGCAAGAACAGGAAGUGCACCGGAUCGCACCCAUCUCCCGCUUCGUUGUCCAGCUUCCAUGCUCGGCCCAAGCAGAUUGAGCAGGACUGCAAGUUCUUCCCCAACUGCACCAACCCCGUGUGCCCCUUCAAGCAUCCCGCUAUGCCGAUGUGCCGUAAUGGAGCCAGCUGCACCCGGCCGGACUGUCACUUCACCCAUAACGAGACGGCCUGCAAGUUCAAGCCCUGCUUGAAUCCGAGCUGCAUCUACAAACACGAGGAGGGACAGCAACAGGCUCCCACUCCCGGAGAGAACCCGUUCGGCAACAAGGUCUGGACCGCUAAGGGACGCGGCGAGCACGUCAGCGAGAGGAAGUUCGUGACCGGAGACGACUACACCGAGGAGUUGAUUAUCCCGGGUGGCGGCGACCACGAGGAUAUCGCUCCGCUCGAUGCCGAGUAAGUGAUACCAACUCACUUCCGGCGACCACCAGAGGCCUGGUAGGUUUGUUGCGAUGAGUUACUGUAAUGAGAUGAGAAUGAGUUUUGCUAUGAUAAUUUUACCCCUGGCUUGUUGAUUUUGUUAAGGCAUGCUUUCUUGGGAGGCUUUUUUUACUCGAGUGAAGGGGGA